GGUUCAUAAAUGAACCAACUGGCCCCGCUGAGUGACGUGUAAGCAGAAAACCAUUUCGUUUGUUUUAUCAAUUUCUCGUGAAUUUGCCGAAAAUGGGUUCCUUCCGCCGCGACAAAGAUGAGGAGGAGGACGGACCAGUCAAUGCCUACCAGAACCUGGAGAAGACGUCGGUGCUGCAGGAGACGCGCACCUUCAACGAGACGCCGGUCAACGCCCGCAAGUGCAUCCACAUCCUCACCAAGAUCCUAUAUCUGAUCAACCAGGGUGAGCAGCUGGUCGCCCGCGAAGCUACCGACUGCUUCUUCGCCAUGACGAAGCUCUUCCAGUCCAAGGACGUGGUACUGCGCCGCAUGGUCUAUCUGGGCAUUAAGGAGCUGAGCUCCAUUGCCGAGGACGUGAUCAUUGUUACCAGCUCGCUAACGAAGGAUAUGACAGGCAAGGAAGAUCUGUAUCGGGCAGCCGCAAUUCGUGCCCUGUGCAGCAUCACGGACAACACUAUGCUGCAGGCCGUGGAGCGAUACAUGAAGCAGUGCAUCGUGGACAAGAAUGCUGCCGUGUCGUGUGCCGCUCUGGUUAGCUCCUUGCGCCUCGCCAGCACCUCCGGCGAAGUGGUAAAGCGGUGGGCCAACGAGGCCCAGGAGGCCAUGAAUAGCGAUAACAUUAUGGUGCAGUAUCAUGCCUUGGGGCUGCUCUACCACAUCCGCAAGUCGGACCGUCUGGCAGUGUCCAAGCUGGUCAACAAGCUGACCCGGGGUUCGAUGAAGAGUCCCUACGCCGUCUGCAUGCUGAUACGCAUCGCCUGCAAGCUUAUCGAAGAGGAGGACAUUCCCUCUGAGGAGCUAUCGGAUUCGCCUCUCUUCACCUUUAUUGAGAGCUGUCUGCGGCACAAAAGUGAAAUGGUCAUCUAUGAAGCAGCACAUGCUAUCGUCAACUUGAAGAACACUAAUCCCCGAAUGCUCACGCCGGCAUUCUCCAUCCUUCAGCUCUUCUGUAGCUCGCCGAAAGCCACUCUCCGUUUUGCGGCUGUGCGCACGCUCAACAAGGUGGCCAUGACACAUCCGGCGGCAGUGACUACCUGCAACCUAGACCUGGAGGGUCUGAUCACCGAUUCCAAUCGAUCGGUUGCCACGCUGGCCAUUACCACGCUCCUAAAGACCGGCGCCGAGUCAUCGGUUGAACGUCUCAUGAAGCAGAUCUCUACGUUUGUGGCUGAGAUCUCCGAUGAGUUUAAGGUUGUGGUCGUCCAAGCGAUUUGCGCCCUCUGCUCCAAGUAUCCGCGAAAGCAUACAGUGCUUAUGAACUUCCUUAGCGGCAUGCUACGCGAGGAGGGCGGUUUGGAGUACAAGACCUCCAUUGUGGACACGAUUAUCACUAUUAUUGAAGAGAACGCAGACGCCAAGGAGUCCGGGCUGUCACAUCUCUGUGAGUUUAUCGAGGACUGCGAACACGUGUCGCUGGCGGUGAGGAUUCUCCACUUGCUGGGCAAGGAGGGACCCUUCGCGGCCACGCCCUCGAAGUACAUACGGUUCAUUUACAAUCGCGUGAUCUUGGAGAGUCCAAUUGUAAGAGCUGCUGCCGUGACGGCUUUGGCCCAGUUCGGAGCCUCAUGUCCGGCCCUGCUGAGCAAUAUUCUGGUCCUGCUCGGCCGCUGUCAGAUGGAUCCGGAUGACGAGGUGCGGGACAGAGCCACCUACUACCUGAGCAUCUUGAACUCGGAGAGGGCGGACCUCUACAAAAACUACAUCAUCGAGCGGGAGAACUGCUCUCUGGCUCUGCUCGAGAAAUCGCUAGUGGAUCAUCUCAAUGGUGACCUGGAUACUCGCUUCGAUAUUUCCAUAGUGCCCAAGGCGGCAAUCGUCAAGGCAGAGGUAAAUAACGAUGUCAUGCUGGUCACCAGCAGCGCUCCCCGGCCGCCAAAGAUCACGCGCGAGGAGGAGAGUGCUGCCCGACUGGCCCAGUUGCCGGGCAUCCAGGUCCUUGGGCCCAUCCAUCGUAGCACCGCUCCCAUUCAGCUCACGGAAAGCGAGACAGAGUACACGGUGCAGUGCAUCAAGCACAUCUUUGGCCAGCAUGUGGUCUUCCAGUUUGAUUGCCUCAACACCUUGUCCGACCAGUUUCUGGAGAAUGUGCGGGUCGAACUAACGCUGCCCGACGGAUUCACAGCCAGGGCAGUGAUUCCGUGUCCCAAGUUGCCGUACAAUGAGCUGCAGACCACAUUCGUCAUCGUGGAGUUCCCGCCCGAUGCAGCCAGUUCCAUUGCCACUUUCGGUGCCACUUUGAGAUUUGUUGUUAAGGACUGUGAUCCUAACACUGGGGAGCCCGAUUCGGAGGAGGGCUAUGACGACGAAUACAUGCUGGAGGACCUAGAGAUCUCGGUGGCUGAUCAGAUACAGAAAACGAAGAAGAACAACUUCCAGGUUGCCUGGGAUGCGGCCGACAGCGAAGAAUGGCUGCAAGCCGAGGAUACCUUUGUGCUAUCGGCGGUCACCACCUUGCAGGAUGCUGUCAAUACGAUCGUGAAAAUACUGGGCCUCGGAGCAGCAAAUCUCUCGGAAAAUGUACCUGAGGGAACGCAUCUACAUACGCUGCUCUGCUCAGGUACGUUCAGAGGUGGCGCCGAGAUUCUGGUCCGAGCCAAACUGGCAUUAUCCGAGGGUGUUACGCUGAACCUGAACGUGCGCAGCACAGAUCUGGAAAUAGCGGAGCUCAUAACGGCAGCCAUCGGAUAAGACAGCGCUCCAUGCAGGAAACUCGUCUGGUUCCUGCGUGCCGUCAAUAUAAUCUAAAAUUAAAACGAUUAAAGCAUUGAAACAGAAGAGCCCUACACUUAAUCAAAAGAAUAUAAUUUGUACCUUUAAGUGAAUUCUGUCUCUGUAAUAAUUUUAUAACCUUAUCCACAAUUAUCCUCGGCAUUGUUACUACGCCCGCCCUUUUCCAAACUGUUUUAUGUGGCUUCUACGGCAAUGCAUCCAUCAAAAUGUAUUGCAUUUCUUUAUGCCCCACAAUUAGCCUGUGCAUUUAGCUUAAGUAUAAAAACAAAGAAAAUUAUAAAUAAAUACAUGUGUAUAUGCAAUGCAAACCCGA